UCUUCUUUUGGCAGUAGAUAGCUGGUGCCAGCCGGUAAUAGCUAGCAAUCUUGAAGGUGUCAGCAGCCUUUGUGCUGCCGCCAAUUGGUUUCAAUUUUAGUGUUGUCAAAUCAUAUUCCUGUAAGUUGGACACCAGUUUAUUUGGAGUUAGCCUAGUUGACUUAGUGCAUCAAAUGAAAACAAUUGGUAUGUAGUUUUACGAUCUCUAGUGGAACCAGUUGCAAUUGCCAUGUGGUUUGCCCAUUUGGUUUGAUGCUGGUACGGUUAGUAUGCACAGAAAUAUCUUUUGUUUCGGUGUCAAUGAACAAACACUUUUGAGUGUCAUCGUGGUGGGCUGCUGCCAAUUGGUGUGAAUUUCCGAUUGUCAAACAGUUUGGCUGUCAACUGUCGUUUGCCAAAUUGAUAUAAGUUAAUCUAGUUGAUUUAAUUGAUCAAACGAGAAGAAUGGUUUAUACUAUUGUUUUCCAAGGAUCUGUAGUCGACUCAGCUGUAAUAAGUUUUGCCCACUUGGGUUGCGGUAGUAUGAACUUGUGGUGUCCAUUGUUAUUCGAUAACUUGGCCUGUUCUAUCUUGAAGGUUUCAGAGUUCUGUUUACCCACCUUCACUAUCUUUCAAGUUCAGAGGUAUAGGAAAAUUAUGUUUGGAUUUAUUGUUUGUUUUAGUUAGCUAGAUUCAUGAAAUUGGAUGUUCACCCUAAAUUUCUGGCCUGCUGUUCAUUCACUUCACGUGUUUGGUUCAGCUGAACUUUUAGCAUUUCAACCUUUCCAGUCUUUUAUGUAGACGUAUUGCUUAAUUAUUUGAGGUUAUCUUUUCUGUCUUUUGUUUGCCUCUGGCAAAUAAAGUUACACAUGUGUCUCUUUUUGAGUUUCUAGCGCUAGUAAGCUAUUGGUGUAUUCUUGCUCUUUUAAGAAUUUAGUUUCUUUUAACUGAAUGAUAUAUACUUCUUAAAGUUCUUUUUGAACCGUUUUUCCCCUGAAUCUGAGAUCUUAGUUGAUAAUAUUUAUGGUCUCCCGAGGUUCUUAUUCGAUGAGGAAAAUGACGGCCUUUGAAUGUCGGUAUGGAAAUGCUUAUGAUCUGUAGGACACAAUGGCAGACCAGUUAGGGUGCACUAUGAGAUCCCAUGGAAUGGUACUGGCAAGAUUACACAUGUAUGACUGGAUAAUACUUCUCCUCCUUGCUGUCAUAGACGGACUGCUGAAUUUAAUUGAACCUUUUCACCGUUUUGUUGGGAAAGACAUGAUGACUGACCUGAGAUAUCCUUUGAAAGGCAAUACAGUGCCCUUUUGGGCUGUUCCAAUAUUUGGAAUUAUACUACCUUGGGCCAUCUUUUUUGGAAUUUACUUCAAAAAGAAGAAUUUUUAUGAUUUGCACCAUGGCAUACUGGGGAUUCUAUACUCAGUACUUAUAACUGCAGUGAUUACUGAUGCAAUUAAGGAUGGUGUUGGCCGCCCACGUCCAGAUUUUUUCUGGCGCUGUUUUCCUGAUGGAAAAGAUGUUUACGAUAACAUCACUACUGGUGUUAUAUGCCAUGGAGAGAAGAGUGUAAUCAAGGAAGGUCACAAAAGCUUCCCAAGUGGACACACUUCAUGGUCUUUUGCUGGCCUAGGCUUCCUUGCCUGGUACUUAGCUGGGAAAAUCACGGCUUUUGAUCGCAGAGGACAUAUUGCAAAGCUAUGCAUAGUGUUUCUGCCUCUUCUUAUUGCUGCUCUUGUGGCUGUUUCUCGAGUAGAUGAUUACUGGCAUCACUGGCAAGAUGUAUUUGCUGGCGCUCUUAUAGGUCUUACAGUUGCUUCGUUUUGCUAUCUGCAAUUUUUCCCAUAUCCUUUUGAUGCUGAUGCUUUCUGGCCUCAUGCAUACACGGUCCAGCUAGCCGAAGAACGCAACAGCAGAAAUGCAAACUCCUACAGUGUGCGACCAACCGAGAUCGAAACAGUCAAUAUUCCCGGCCAUGGUGGAAUCACCCUAAGAGACACUCUCAACGACGUGGAGUCUGGAAGCAGAUCGUGACAUCCAAGUCUGGAUUGGAGAUGUCUUGAAUACCCUGACUUCCGACUCUUGAGAUUUGUCUGCAUUAGAAGCUGUGUGGGAGCUGCUUACAUGUACACAGGUAGAUCUAUUUUAGAGCUGUGCUCUUUAUCAAUCUUCUAGGUCUGCGGUUUUUUUUUUUGUUUAUUUACUGGACAGCUGGUUUCUUAAGGCUUCGGUGUAAAAAUUACCUGGUAGGGGUGUUCUUACUUUCUGACAAGCUUUCGCUUUUCUUCAUACUAUGGUGUGAGGCUCGUGUUGUGGUUAAAGUUCGUUGGUGUACACUCUUCGUACUGAUGCUUUAUCGCUGCCGUUCAGGGUA